CUCUUUUGUUUUAAAGCAAUUAUACAGAGAGCCACCGUCCCCACCACCCUCUGCAACCUCUCCCACUUUUUUUUACAGCUAUUCCAACCUCACUCACUCCUCCAUCUCUAUAUAACGUUCCUGCAACUUUAAGCUUUUCUUCUCCAUUUCCAUUAUUUCCACCGCCAUGGAUAUCAACAUCAUCACCUUCCUUUUUCUGCUCAUGGGUUUCUGCUGUCUUUCGUUCGCCGCCGACAAGAACACUUACAUUGUUCAUAUGGCCAGACACCACAUCCCGGCGACUUUUGGGGAUGAUCAUAUCGAUUGGUUUCAGUCGUCUCUUAAGUCGGUGUCGGAAACGGCGGAGACCAUCUACACUUACCAACACGUCAUCCAUGGCUUCUCAACCAGGCUCACUGUUCAAGAAGCUGAAUCACUUGAAAACCUACCCGGGAUUCUCUCCGUCUUGCCGGAGUUGAAAUACGAGCUCCACACCACACGCACCCCGGAGUUUCUCGGCCUCGAUCAGUACGAUAAUUUGUUCCCGCAGGCUAACGGGCAGGGUGACGUCAUUAUUGGGAUUUUGGAUACCGGCGUUUGGCCGGAGAGUAAGAGCUUUGACGAUACAGGCAUGGGGCCUGUCCCCAGCGCGUGGAACGGCGCGUGUGAAACUGGUACCAACUUCACUGCUUCUAGCUGUAACCGUAAGUUGAUCGGAGCAAGGUUUUUCGCUAAUGGAUACGAAGCGACUUUGGGUCCAAUCGAUCAAUCGAAGGAGAACAGAUCUCCAAGAGACGACGACGGCCAUGGAACCCACACUUCCACCACCACCGGUGGGUCAGUUGUCUCCGGAGCAAACUUAUUAGGAUACGCCACCGGGUCAGCCCGUGGGAUGGCUCCCAGAGCUAGGGUUGCGGUUUACAAAGUUUGCUGGGUCGGUGGUUGUUUCAGCUCCGAUAUACUCGCAGCUAUGGAAAAAGCGAUCACCGACAACGUUAAUGUACUCUCGCUGUCACUCGGAGGUGGUACGGCAGAUUAUUACCGCGACAGCGUGGCUAUCGGAGCAUUCGCGGCGAUGGAGAAGGGUAUUUUGGUUUCUUGUUCUGCCGGUAAUGCAGGGCCCACUUCAUACAGUUUAUCAAACUUGUCGCCAUGGAUAACGACCGUCGGUGCCGGGACUUUAGAUCGAGACUUUCCGGCGUAUGUCAGCCUUGGGAACGGGAAAAACUACUCCGGUGUGUCGUUGUACAGAGGUCCGUCACUGCCCAAUAAGAUGCUGCCAUUUGUCUACGCCGGUAACGCUAGUAAUUCGACGAGUGGUGCUCUUUGUAUGCCGGGGACUUUGAUACCAGAGAUGGUGAAGGGGAAGAUCGUACUUUGCGACCGUGGGGUUAACGCAAGGGUUCAAAAGGGUUCGGUGGUGAAAGAAGCUGGUGGGGCCGGAAUGGUAUUGACCAACACUGCUGCGAACGGCGAAGAGCUGGUGGCCGACGCACAUCUCUUACCAGCAUCUACCGUCGGUCAAAAAUCCGGCGACGAGAUUCGGAAGUAUGUGAUAUCAGAUUCUAAUCCAACGGCUACAAUUUUAUUCGAAGGUACAAAAUUGGGAAUCCAACCAUCGCCGGUGGUGGCAUCGUUUAGUUCCCGAGGUCCCAACACCAUCACGCCGGAGAUUUUAAAACCGGACAUGUUGGCCCCAGGUGUCAACAUCUUAGCGGGGUGGACUGGGGCGGUGGGACCCACCGGACUGGCGGAUGAUAGCCGGCGCGUGGAGUUCAACAUUAUAUCUGGGACGUCGAUGUCUUGUCCUCACGUGAGCGGACUAGCGGCGUUGCUCAAGGCGGCGCAUCCAGAUUGGAGCCCAGCGGCGAUCAAAUCAGCCCUGAUGACCACCGCUUACACCGCAUACAAAAACGGAAAAAUAAUCCAAGAUCUUGCCACCGGCAAACCAUCUACUCCGUUCGAUCACGGCGCCGGUCACGUCGACCCUGUAUCCGCCCUCAAUCCCGGGCUGGUUUACGACAUCACCGCCGAUGAUUAUUCCGAUUUCCUCUGUGCAUUGAAUUACACGGCGGCGCAGAUUCAAUUGGUAACCAAAAGAAACACCACCUGCGACUCUUCCAAAACCUACAGAGUCGGUGAUCUGAACUACCCUUCAUUCGCUGUCGUCGUUCCGUCGGAUUCAAGCCACAAAAGCGGUUCCACCACCGUCGUUAAACACACCAGAACCCUAACCAACGUCGGACCGGCGUCAUCAACCUAUAAAGUUUCCACAUCUUCCGAUAGCAAUUCCGUACAAAUAUCGGUGGUUCCUGAAACGCUGACUUUCAGUCAAGUCAAUGAGAAGAAAUCAUUCACGGUGACAUUCACGGCGGGUCAAAUGCCGGUGAGCUCAAACGUGUUUGGCCGGAUUGAGUGGUCGGACGGGAAACAUAUCGUCGGAAGUCCGGUAGCCGUUAGUUGGUGAUGGAUAGGAAAUUAAUGUUCCUCUUUAACAAGUUGUUCAAAGACACUCCCAAAAGGAGAGUGUGUUGGUGAUUGCUCAUAAAUAUCAACUUUUUUUAUUUCCU